CCCGAGGAAGAGCGUGUCAACGUUAUUGCUUACUCUACAAAGCCCAUCCUCCCUCCCUCCCUCCCUCAACGACCAUUCUACCCAAUUACCGAAAAAGAAGGCCAUUCGAUCCCACAGGUAGCCGGGUUAAUUUCCCUCAUAAAUUACGUUCGAAAACUUUAAAAAGUAUUUAUUGGGUUUAUCCGAUCAUAUGUGAGUGAUAUUUUAUGUGUGUGUGUGUGAGAGAGAGAGAGAGAGAGAUUUUUUACGAAUAUGUUCGGGUGCAAGUGUUUCCAUUGGAGCAGAGUGGCUGAUUUCGUGCAGCCAGAGCAAGAAACUUUUUCACUGCCCGCUCCGAUGCCCCAAUGGCCUGAAGGUCAAGGAUUUGCUUCUGGAACAAUUAAUUUAGGAGAAAUAGAGGUUCUCCAACUCACCAAGUUUGAGUUUGUUUGGGGAUGCAAUCUAUCGCAGAACAAGAAAAAAGGUGUUAGCUUUUAUAAACCAAUAGGAGUACCAGAUGGUUAUUUCAGUUUUGGUUAUUAUUGCCAAUCUAAUGAGAAGCCUUUACGAGGGUUUGUGCUUGUGGCUCGGGAAGUGGUUUCACCUGAGCCAGAAAAGUCUUGCAGUUGCGAUCCAGAUAACUCACCAGCACUUCUCAGGCCCCUGGAUUAUACCUUAAUUUGGAGUCCAGAUGUUGGGAGUGAGGAAAAUCUUGAUGGAGGUGGUUAUUUCUGGUUGCCUCAACCACCUGAAGGUUAUAAAGCUUUGGGUUUUGUUGUCACCAACAGGCCUAAAAAGCCUGAUUUGGAGGAAGUUAGAUGUGUCCGAGCCAACCUGACUGAUCAAUGUGAAGCUUUCAGUUUAAUACUCAAUGCCAGUUCUAAAUCAUCCCAAUUACCUUUUGAAGUCUGGAAAACAAGACCUCAACAUAGGGGAAUGCUUGGAAAUGGUGUCUCGGUGGGUACAUUUUUUUGCAGUAGCUUCUGGAUUUCCAGUAAAGAGCUACAUGUUGCAUGCUUGAAGAACUUAAAUCCCCUUUCAACUGCUAUGCCCAACCUUGAUCAGAUUCAUGCGCUCAUCAGGCACUAUGGUCCUACUGUAUUUUUCCAUCCCGAUGAAGUCUACCUGCCAUCCUCUGUUUCGUGGUUUUUCAAGAACGGGGCACUCUUGUACAGAAAUGGUGAGUCGAUUGGUGAGACAAUUGAUGCUGGAGGCUCAAAUUUGCCUGGUGGUGGGACGAAUGAUGGGGAGUGUUGGAUAGAUUUGCCGGGUAAUGAUCGAAGGGUCAAGUAUGGGAACUUAGAAAGUGCAAAGCUUUACGUUCAUGUGAAGCCAGCCAUAGGUGGGGCAUUCACUGAUAUUGUGAUGUGGGUUUUUUGUCCCUUCAACGGGCCAGCCACAUUGAAGGUUGGUGUUGUGAACGUUCCUCUUAGCAAGAUUGGGCAGCAUGUAGGUGACUGGGAGCAUUUUACUCUUCGAGUAAGCAACUUCUCAGGAGAGCUUUCAGGUGUAUAUUUUUCUCAGCAUAGUGGUGGUGAAUGGGUGGAUAUUUUUGAUUUGGAAUUCAUAGAGGGUAAUAAAGCUGUGGUCUACUCAUCCAAAAGUGGCCAUGCCAGCUUUCCUCAUCCUGGGAGUUACAUUCAGGGGUCAUCAAAGCUUGGUAUCGGAGUGAGGAAUGAUGCUGCUCGUAGUUGUUAUUAUGUGGAUUCAAGCAUCCAAUAUGAAAUUGUUGCGGCAGAGUAUCUUGGAGAUAGAGUUGUUAAUGAGCCAUGCUGGUUGCAGUAUAUGAGAGAGUGGGGUCCAACUAUUGUGUAUGAUUCAAGAACUGAGCUGGAUAAAAUCAUCAGUUUUUUGCCUCUAAUGCUUCGAUAUUCAGUGGAUAGUAUUUGUGAUAAGUUUCCGGUGGAGCUGUCUGGGGAGGAGGGCCCUACUGGGCCAAAGGAGAAGAACAACUGGGUGGGGGAUGAAAGAGACUAGGUUCAUCUUGGACUUUCUUUACCCGCGGUUCUGUAUUAUACACAGUUUGAAUAAUAAUGAAGAAAUAUGUAACAAAAAAUUAAGACAAAAGAGAUCAGAAUGCCAGAUGAGAGUAGAAAAACCAGAGAAAACCUUUUACCAAAAUGUUGAAUGGUGGGAGACACGAUUUCCAGCCAGAAACAACUGUUUGCCCCGCGGUAAGCAAGUUGUUCAAUGGAAUUCAUUUGAUGUUGUUGUAACUGCGUGUCUCUGAGUCAUUUCUGUUUUGGAAGGUAGAAACCAAUACGAUUGGGAUAUUUAUGGCCUAUUGCCAAGUGUGGUACGGAAGAGUAAUAUCUGUGUGUUGUAUUUGUUAAGAGUGAUGAGGAUUAGCUGAGAUUGUGCAAAGAUUAUAUGGACAUUAGUUUAGGACUCUGCAUUGAUUAUAUAGCAGGUGGUAGGCAGGUUCUUCGGCCUUGUGUGUAUGAUAGACUAGUCACAGUGAUGCAAGAUGAGCCUAACAGAAUAAAAUCUUCUCAAGUAUAGCAUUGUUCUACUCUCAAGUAGUUGCAAGAUUCAGCUUAUUUUCUUUUACUUUUUGAUGUCUGUUCUUUCAUUUAUGAUUGUUUCUGCAAUUUUUUCCAAAGACACUGUCUUUUAGUGCUCAUCUAUUUAGGUUUGAGUUUCUGCCAAGCUGUGUUAAGUUCCGAUGGAAGUUAUUCCUUGCACAUUGUUU